GGUUACCGACUGGAGGUGUGUUUGUUGUGGGAAAUCGAAAUGCAUCUGCUUUUACCGUUUACCACAUGGUGAGUAGUCGCCCCUGCAAUCGAUUUGGACGUUCAUUAGAACGCGUCAAGGAUUUUAAUGAUUUAUGGCAUAUUGUUGUGACAACUCUGAUGAAAUAUGAUUAACUUGGUUCCUGUGGUGAGUUGAAACUCUGCUUUGGAGGUUGAUGGAAAUGUGCACAGUGAUUACAAAACAGCUAUGUCUGGAGAAAGUGAAAAUGUGUGUGAAAAGGAUGUGUGCGCGAGGCCAAGGAAAGGGUCCAGUUUUUUGCAAACUGUUUCAGGAACACUAGUAUCUGUCGAGUUGCUGACAGAUAUGAGAGCGUCACGGACUAGGAAAUCUGCUAGACGUGUCAUCCUAAAAGCCAGUAUUACGUCAGUUAUUCUUUUGUCUAUUGCUUUCAUUAUUACUUAUAGUGUAAUUCUCACUUAUGUCAGUAAUAAAGUGCCUCUAAUGCGACAUCAUGAUGAAUCUUCAUCAGGCGAUAAAUCAAAAUCCGGUAAACGUUUCAAACUGAUAGCACGGCCUGUUGCUAAUUUAAAUCGUAUCCGCAUGUUAAAAACAACGAAAGAUGUUGUUGUGAAAUGGGAUAUACGAAAGUAUGAAGAUGUUCAUUCUGAAAAACCGGUAUGUCAUAAAGAAAGCAAAAUAAUCAUUCUUAUUACCUCAGCCCCUCAGAAUUACGAGCGUAGGAAGUCGAUACGAGAGACAUGGUGUAGGCCAUCAAAUUUCAAUCUAGCCUCAAUUCCAUGGCAGUGUGUGUUUUUAAUAGGGCGAAGCUCAGUGCAUUUAUCAAGUGACAAAUUAGAUAAUGAAAUAAAUGAUUUUCAUGACAUUCUUAUAGGCAGCUAUAUAGACUCGUAUAGAAAUCUCACAAUAAAAACUAUGCAUGGAUUAGAAUGGGUCCGACGGACUUGUCCGAGUGAUUUUGUGUUAAAAACUGAUGAUGAUGUAUAUGUCAAUACAAAAUUAUUGCACAAAUUAACAAGUAAUACUCCUAAGAGUAACUCCUAUAUAGGACUAGUGACUCAAGCUGAAGGUAGAUUAAAGGUUAUACGUGACCCAGACAGUAAAUGGUUCGUUUCGAUGGAGGAAUACCCUUUAUCUCACUAUCCCCCUUAUGCUGUUGGAAUGGGGUAUCUUAUGUCGAAAGACCUUGUUGAAAAACUGGUCAAUACAAGUAGAUACAUUCCACCGUUUGCCAACGAGGAUGCUUAUGUUGGAGUCUUAGCCGAUCAUUUUGACGUGAAGCCCCAAAGAAGUGGCCGUUUUACACUGAGUGGCUGGGGUUUACGGACUUGUAACUUUCUAUAUGUAGUUGUGGUUCAUCAUGUGAGUGCUGAAGAUCAGUAUAAAUUGUUCGAUACUAAUCAGGAAGCUUUCCAGAUAUGCAAAGACGAUGCCGAUACUGAAGAGCUCACUUGGGUAUAGCAGUUACAAUAGGAGGUAAUGGUUCCCAACAAAGAUGUUGCCAGCUAGAAUGUUUGAAAUGUAAAGAAAAGGUUCUGAAUACUACCAAUUGUACCAAGCAUUCCAGUGCCAUUCCUGUUGAUAUGGGAGACUAUUCUAGAGGAAUUUUAAUAAAGGAGACUACUCUAAAGAAUUAUUGAUAAGGGAGAGUACUCUAGAGGAAUUUAAAUAAAGGAGACUACUCUAAAGAAUUUUUGAUAAGGGAGAGUACUCAAGGGUAAUGUUAAUAAGGGAGACUACUCUGGAAAAAUUCUCAAUUUUGAAAAGCAUUCCACUGAUCAGGUUUUCAAAUUUCUUGCCAUGAUGUGGACUAGUGUGAUGAAAAAAUAUUGAUCUGAAUGAAAUUGUACUAAUUUAAGAAAUUAUACUGCUUUUUAAUACAAUUGCAAGUUUGUAAACAGGUAUUAGUUUAUUUUCAAGAAUAACUUUAAUAGAACUUAUCACUGAUUUGAUAUUGUUUUUCUUAAGAAUAUCCUUCAUACAAUAUUUACUUAGAUUUUGUUUUUCUUUUUGUUUUUACUUGAAAUACUAGCAUUCUAAGUUUUUAAUGUAAAAAGUAAAAAAACAACUUUUUUAAUUGACAAUCUAUUAUUCUGUUUGAAUAUUUGAAAAAAACAGUUAUACAAAUCAAGUCAUGUAAUAAAUUAAUAGUAAUAAUAAUAAAGAAAAACACUAAAAAAUUUCCCAUCUUCAUAUCUUAGUUUUAUACCAUUUUUGUUUUAUUCUCAUUUUUUGUUAGUGCUAGGAAGUUAGGAAACUUCAUUAGCCCUUUGGUAUUUUUUUAUGCAGAUUUUCCUUUUAAAUUUUGUUGUUUUUGUUGUUCAUUUUGCCUGAUCUAGAUGUUGUAUAAACCAGUUUGUGUUCAUUUAUAAUGAUGUUGCUAGAAUAUAGAAACAUGUGUCUGUUGUUGGAAUUGAAUGAACCUGCUGGACUUUGGUUCAGGAUUUUCAUAUUUUUGUGCCGUGUAAAAGCUGGAAUAUCAAAUUAAAACUGUCCUGUCUGUCUGAUUUUCUGCUGAAAGGUCUUUCACAGAGUUACAGCCCUUUGAUAUACAUUGUAGCUUAAUUUUCACAAUUUAUCGGCAUUAUACUAUUGUAUAAGUUUGAGUGACAGCUAGUGAUCUAUUUUCAAUAGUGUUGUUUGUUGUAAGGCAAAGUUAUUUGUAAAUAAAGAUAACUUCCAAGUAUUUUUAAAAUUUAGGUAUUGUUUGUUUCCUGAUUUGAUAAUUAAUUCAUUAUCCUUAGAAUAGGGGAAUUAUUAGUUGUUAGAUAUUGGUAUAAAAUAGACUUUUUCCGAAAUUUUGAUCUCUUAGAAUGUAUUUGAAUAGAGCUAGCAGGAGGGUUAGAGUUUUAAUAUAAAUAUUUAUAUUUUAAUAAUCAUAUAAUAGUUUCAAUUAACAAAUUUUUCAGUUUUUUUGUUUUGUUUUUUUUUGUAUCUAAAGUAUGUCCAAAGAAGUUCAUGUGAACUUAAUUAUUUUUUGGAAGUAAUGAAUUUUCUGCCUGUACUGUUAAAUUGUAAACUUUAGGGUAAAUUCCAUUCCAUAGAUAUAUGUGCAUGUAUUAUUUUUGGAUUUGACGGUAUUUUUAUUGUACAUGUACUUAAGUUAAUAUCUCAAUCAGAUAAAUUUGGGAACAUAUUUUUGUUUGGGUUAUUUCCAGUAGUCUUUCUCUCUGUGAGAAAUCUCCAGGGUUGGUCAUAACAUCUUUAUUGUACAUGUACUAAGUGUAAACUAAAGCCUUGUCUAGUCUAGAAAUACAACACAUUAGGUGUUAAACUUAUAUUGUAGGGUUAAAAAUUUAAGAUUUUUGUAAGUUCAUACUUCACAACUGUGCUGUAAAUUCUGUCUAUCUAAUAUUCUUGAUUCAUUAUAUGAAGGAAUUAUUGUUUAUCAGGGUUUCCAAUGAGCAAUAAUUUUUUUUUCCGCCACUUGGGAGAGUUCCUCUUGGUUGUCAAAAAGAAUUCAAAUUAUCCUUUUUUGCCUCUAUUUACAAGGUACAUGUAUCUAGAGCUUCAACUGUUAUGAUAUUAUAUGGUGUUAAGCAUCUAAAACUGAUAUAAUAUAUCUGACUUAAGUUUUCUAAAAUCUGCAUACAUCAUAAAUUGUAACUUUGACAUUUAGUUAAGCACUUACAUGAAAUUUAAUGAUUUGUUUAUUCAAACCCUAUGUCUCCAUACCUCUAAAAUUUUCACAUUUCAAUUGACUACAGGGAAAAGGUAAAAUGUUUUAUCUUUUCACAGAAUGGUUGUUAAGAUCUGGACACUAUUUAAGACUUUCCUUCUAUUUUUAUUUACCUCCAGCACAGGUUGAUUUUGUAUGAUUCAUUAAAUAAAACUUACCUAUGUCUGAAUAAGUAAAUGUACAUCUUAUCGGGCUUUUAAAACUUUUUCUUCUUUUUUUCAUGUGUAUGAUAUUGGUUCAGGAAGUUCAAUCAUUAUUUUAUUUUACAGUGAAGGUUAGAUAAACCAUAGUCUAUUUACAUAAGAAACUGUUUUGAAAGAGAUUUAGGUUUCUGUAGAUUUUGAUAUGUUUGAAUUAAGUGUAACUGUCUGAAGAUCUCUGCAUUACAGAAUUUAUUUUUUUCACAGUUUAAAGGCCCAGUAUGCCUCAGAAAUGCUUUUACUUUUCUUUCUCAAAUGCUUUUUAAUUUUUGGUGUUCUUUAAAAGUAUCCAAAAAGUUACUCAUUGGCCAAUUGCCUGAACCAUCCUUUUCAUCUGUUGCUUUUUGGCAACAAGUACAUUUAUAGUAAAUUAGUAUUUUGUAAAGAAGUCAAAAUUCUACUUUGUUUACAUUGUGCUACUUUUAUGACAAAUUACUUAUCAUUUACCGCUACUUUCCUCAGGUAACAAGCAUCUAAUUCCAUUAUUUAAACAUUAUAAAAUUAAUGUUUGCCCUUUCUAAAAAAUUAAAAAUUUAUUUGUUUCUGAGGCUUAAUGUGCCUUUAAGUUACUGUUACAUGGUUGAACAUAAUUGUGUCUUCUUGAAUGCCACUUGUUAGUGAAAAAUGAAAAACAAUUGCCAGAACAAAUAAAUGAUUUAAGGAAAUCAUGUUUUAUAAAUUUUGAUUUUGCUAUCUUUUAACAAGCACAUUUGGAAGAAGUGUGUACCUCAUACCCUUUCAUGUUAUUCAAUUUCUAUUGAAGGGAAAGUUUUUUAUUUUGUUUUGUUAGCAGUAAUACAAGCAAGCUUUGCAGUUUUACACUGUUUCAAGUUUGAUUUAGCGAGACUCGGGUAGAAAAAUUAGUACACGUUUGAUGGUUGAGUAAAUACCUGCUUGUCAUAAAAACGCUAUCAAAUGACAUCCUGUUUAUGUGAUCUAUAUAAAAAAUGUCAAAAGCUGUUGAAGGCUUUUAUAUAAUAUUUUUGUGUGCCGUGACACAGUUGGCAAUGAAAUGUUUAGGUAUAUAAUAGUUGUUCAGGUUCAUAUAUCUCAAAACUCACAGGUUGAAAUUAAGGACAAAAUAUGUUAUACAAAGAUGGUAUAAUACAUGUAGCAAUGUUAUAGAAAUAGUCAAACAAAGAGCGGAGUGUGCAGUGUCUAGUAUGAAAUUUAAUUGGAUAAUUUUCAGUGUUGAAUUCAUAUAAUGAUUUAAUUAAUACAUGUAUAUUAAUUUACUUAUAUCAGAUCAUAAUUAUUUCUGCCUGUACAUGUUACCAUUAUCAUUUUUUUUUUACAAAAUGAAUAAAAACUGGAGCAGUGACUUCAAUAGGUCUAUGACACCAGUUUAGAGACAGCCCAGUACAAUCUUACCAAACCUUACACAACUUGCCACUCAAUUUUGAUGCUUUGAUGCUGAACUCCCUAAAACUAAUAAUGGACUACUCAAGUUUUACAGCAGGGCAAGUCUAUUAUGCAUGUUCAGGUUUAAAUUUUGUGUUACUUUUGUGCUUUCAGUUGAUUCAUGUAUAAAGAAUUAUUUUUUCUAAUGAUUCAUGAUCGACAUGUUUGACAGGAUGUUAAAAGUAGAACCGGAUAAAAUGAGGCUGUUAUCAGACAACAAUCUUGAAAUAAAUGUUUUGGUUAAACAAACAUAUAUUACAGUGUACAGAUAGGUAGUAAUAAAUACCUGUACAUGUAAAUUUCUUCUUGUUUUAGCUUUAUUUGCCAAGGAAAAAUACGUAUCGAGAAUUUCUUUAUUUGUAUAUGAGAAAUUUUUUAUUGACUUUAUAAUCGGAAAUAUUUUUGAUGAAUUUCACAAUUUGCUCGUCAAACAUAUAGAUUGAAAUUGCCACAUAGUAAAGUCCAAAUAUAUCAGUUUUAUAGCCUUGUCUUUUUUUUUUCAGGCAAUUUAAAACGUAAUUCUGUUUUAUUUAUUUGACGUCAAAAGAAGCAAAAAAGUAAUUGUAUUGUUUAAGCUUCAGUUCAAAGAAAAUUACAAAAAAGGAAUUAUUGAUGUAUUUAAUACUUUCAGAUAUGGCAAAUGUUUGGGCAUUUUUAGUUAUAUCUGUUUCCACCUUUACUGUACUGAAUGUAGUAAAUGCACUUAUCCUGCUUUGAACAGGGCUUGUGUGAGAGUUUUAAGGGAUUUCAGUGUUAAAGUAAUAGGUUUGAGCAGCCAAGAGUUCAGAGUCUAGUCAGAUGGCCUGGAAGUGCCGGCUGGCCUAGCUCUAUAUAGAUAGUAAAACAAUUCAUUACUGCUAGAAUUCUAAUUAAGGGCAAACAAACUAUUUUAUAACACAAUUUGCUGGAUUUUUUUCAAUAUUCUUGCUUUAUUAUGUUGAGAAAAUGUCCGAUUAUUAUUAUUAUUUUUUCUUACCUGUUAAAAGCAUUCUUUUUAUGUUAAAAAAUGGCAUCAAUUUUGUGAAUUUAUUAUUAGAUUCUUUUUAUUUCAAGUUGAAUUUUAGUUGAUAGUAUAUUAAUAAGUUUUUUUGGUGUGUGUUUUAACGCAUAUCAAAUUAAUUCAACCUUUUCUUUAGUUGUUAUUUUCUUUAGAAAAUGUUUUUACUUUAGAAAGUUUACUGUUAUUGAAUCAAUUCUAAGUGUGUAUGUAUGUAAUAUUUACUCUUCAAACUGCAAUUAUAAUUUGUUUAUAUGAUAAAACAUAUUUUUCUUUAAAAGUUUGUAUAUUUAACAGUUGUAUCGGGUGAAAGAUUUUACCAGUCAUAUUAUUCUAUCAUUUCAAAGUGCUAUUUGUAUAUAUGCUACGAAUAAUUGUCAGUUUUUUACACAGAAGUUUGAAAUUUUAUCAAGUAAUAAGUAUAUUAGAAAAAUUAACUAAAAAUACUCCCCUAUAUAAUAUCAUUAUUGAGAAGUUAUGUACACUUUCAUCUUUUGAUUUGUACUGUAUGACUAUCUGAUAUAUUUCCUAUAUUGGACCCUAAACGAUACAAUAUAUCCUGUACUGGAUGAUUUUUUUUCAGCAAUACUCUUGUUUAGAUAUAAUACCAUAUUGUACAGUACAAUUUUAAAUACUAACUUUUAAAUAUAGGGGAUAAUUUUUAUACUAUAUUAUUUAUAUUAUUUAUUUGAUAGAAUUUUCAAACUCCUGUGGGUUUUUUAUGCCCACAAAUAUGGACUUUUUUGUUGUUUUACAUUUCAAAACCUUAUUGAAUUUUUGUGAAACCUUUUUUGAAAUCUGGGUAUAUUUAUGAAUAGGGUUUGAGCACCUCUUCAGGUUAGCAUGGGUAGCAGUUAUUAAAUUUUAUUACCUUUUCUGCUAUGGGCUCAAGUUGUGUGAUGUUCUUUGAAUUCUUUCAUGUGAAUAAAGCUACCCAGCAAACUUACAGAAAGUUGACGGUUCUAUAUACUCAGGUGCCUGUUUAUGCCUGAAAUAAUACAUAGAGUGGCUACCGUAGUCACCCUCCAUCGGUUACAAACACACCAUGUUACCUUAACAGUAUCAGUGUAACUUUAAAAUGUAACAUUUCAGAUUUUCAAGGAGUUUGUAACACCCUUAAGAUGAACCCAUUUGUAUGAACUUAAGAAAGUUCUUUAAAAAAUUUUGUUUCUCAUUAUUUUAAUAUUUUUGUUAUUCAUGGUUGUGAAGUGGUUUAUUUAGAAAUGAUAUUUUGAAAACAGAAGUGCUACAUUGUACAUGUGUACAUAAUAACUUUAUGUUUAUGAUGCUGAUUGUUUGAAAAACUUUCCUUUUUGUUACUGAUAAUAUGCCAAAGUUUCAUAAAAGCAAUAAAAGCUGAAAGAACAAAGA